CAUGAAGCUCUGCUCACUUUUGCUCAACCAGGGAACCAGUCAUCAUCUCCGGUCGCUCCGGAGCAAAAUGAAGUCGGUACGCCAUUUUUCGGGUCAUCAUCGUUGUGCAAAUUAAUUUGCCAACCGAAAGUGCAAAUGUCUAGCUUUCCAUAAUCCAUAAAAAUAACUGCUACUGCUGCUGCUGUUGCUAGGGCUAGUACGCCACGCUAUUGCCCCUGAACCUGCCGAGCUGGAAAUUGCCUAGACAUGGCAGCUUCCAAUGACCCCACCAACCCGAUGGAUGAAGGUCUGCAGGAUUUGGGAGUUCCGGUUCCGGUGCAGACCUUUUUGUGGCAACAGAUUGCUCCAUUCAUCCGGCCGAAGUUGGGAAAGCUUCACGAGGCUAGCUGCAUGUAUUGUCAACAUGCACCUGGACAUCAUGAGCUCAAGGAAGCUUGCAAGUCCUUUGAAAAGUCACUGGUGCAGAAUAUGUUCUAUGGAUUGUCACCUUCCCUUGAAGCUGCACUAAAAUCGAUUCCACGGUGGAGAUUGGUCCAGGCCGCACUACCCCAUGUCAUGCACUGUGCCGGAGCACUCUUGCACAAUCGCGUAAAGGAUCUGCAAGCCCUCGGUGCUGUUGAGACUAAAAUGCUAUACACAUUGCACUGGAUAUUGCUGUUUGCCGCCGAGGAGUGUGCCGACGAUGACCUGGAGGCAAACAAGGAUGUUAAAAGGCACCAAAGCUAUCUCUUCUCCAUUCCGACUAUUUCGUUGUUCGUGUACCUUUUUGCGCCUAUAGCUCACUUGCUGAAGGAGUCCGAUUUUCAGAACAUACGCUUGGAAAAUGGCCUCAAGAUGUGGCAAGGGAUGUGGGAAUACAGAGCUCCAAACGCGUCCUGCUUUAUUGCUCCCGUUAAACCGAAGGCGCGACACUACUUGAACUCUGUCAGCACUACGCCGUCGGUUGAGGUGUUCUCUCCAAAAAAACCGGACAGUGCCCAUCAUGGCAUUGAUUCCCCGCCUAGCAUUUCUUUCUCGGAAACCCCAAAGCAUGAAGAUGAAAUGUCCUACGUUUCCUCACCCAAGGAUUCGGUUUUUCCGGAAACAAUUCCUGAAGAAGCUUCGAGCGUAGAAGAAGAACGAGUAGUCAUCUUCCAACUGCCAAUCGGCGGUUGUCCUACCGAUCCUGCUUUUUACACUGCAGAUGCCAGCCUUCUCCAUCAAUCUACCAGCAGCCGAAGGGGAAGCAAACAACUACCCCUGCAACAUCAAACGCAACAACCCUUCAAAGAUCGACCCGAAAAAACGGCGACCAAAUUUGACUUUGAUCGAAUUGAUACAUUCAGUAAAGGAGAAGACUCCAAGCCAAAAACCAGCUCUUCCACUGAGAGAGAAUCACUCGAUACCGACCCCAAAUCUCCACAGUGUACAAAGGGAGACGUGGCCGCUGCCACAUUUUUAGAUGUCGCUGUACUACGUUGUCUGUUCAUAUCCCAUUGGCAGGAAGAUGGAGUAUACUGGAGUCUGCAUUAUUUGAACAAUAGACUGCGAGACAUCAGUGAAGAAACAGCCAUACCACCAUCGCAGCCAAGGCGACGUUCAAAUUCACUGCCAAUUCCCCAAAUAGAGAUAUCAAUGUACCAGGGGCCUAACAGUAGCAACCGUGACAGCCCUAGCAUUGGUUCGAUCAACAAGGAUUACAUCGAAAUCCCGGAACCACCGAUCAGCGCGCUUCUCAUCGAUUCACCGUACCAUGCACCGAAACCGUCCAGUGACGAACAGAGCACACCAACGGCUGAGAGAAAGGGCAGCGAGAAGAAGCGCCGGGUCAAAAUGGCUGACUUGAGGACAUUGAUAGAAUCGCGAAUCCUCUCAAAGUCCGACAGAGGACUCGAAAAAAUUGGACUUGAAGUAACAGGCAACGGCAAACGUCUCCAGCAUAUUGAUUGCCAUCGCAGCCUAGACACCGGCGAAAAACAAUUGUCUCGGUCAUCAUCGAUGAUUUCCCGUGCGCCUUCGACAAAUCUUGUCAAAGGAAAAAGCAUGCCAAGUCUUAGCUGUCUUCUAGAUAGCGGAUUUCACAGAUACGUGGAACCGCCGAGGGUAGUGCGCAAUCCACAGCCGCAACCACAGCCACCGCCACAACAGGCACCAAGAACUUCGAUGACGAUGAGCCAGCAGUCUGCGCCACGAUAUCCAAUCAUAACCGUAACCGAGCACACGCCAACGCCGUCACCGGACUAUCUGAGACGACAGGGAUCCAUCGAUUCUCAACUUGACGCAUUGAGCAUUGGUGGCAGUACUGGUGUGUUUAAAAGCCAGAUGCUCAGAUCUCAUACAGAUUCUCAUAUAGGAUACAACACCGGAGCAGACGAAUCAGAAGCUCCCGGAUCAAGCUUUUACAUCACCAAGGAGGGUGGAAUCGACUACGAAAUUGUACUGCUGGCAGUUCACUGCGUUUUCAAACGAGAUACGCACAUUUGCACGUUACGCGUACUGGAAACGGGAUUAAACAUUUGUGAACUUCUGCUGGACCUGGGAGUUCUGAAACUGAGUGAACACGCACACACACUCGCCAUGGGUAUCGUGAAGCGGGCAUUGCUCCACUUGGGAUGUCCCCAUGGGUGUAACGAUGGUAACCGUGGGCCACCUGCCGAGGUACUUCGAACCACCUGCCAUUCUAUCCUGUCUCGUUUGCUUCGCCAAGCCUCAAAGCCGUCAAAGGCUUAUCUUCGUAAUAUGAUUAGGACAACGCAACUACACGAGUUGAUUGAGUUCUUCCAUGCCUUUGUUGGAUUUUGCGUUGAUCCCAGCUCUUUGCUGUCGCCACUAAACCAUAAAAGACCAUCCAAAACGCUGACACCUGACUACGGUAUAUCAGGCGGCCAAGGUGGAUAUGCUAGCAACUUUGGCAGUGGCCUGAGCGGUGGACCCGAGAGUGCCGUCAUAGCUGCGGUGUUCAAAACCUUGGUUACGCGGUUGGUGGACUCACUGAAGGAUUUGAAAAGUCAGGAAAACAUCGCCCUAUACUGCGACGUUCGACAGCUGGUAACAUACGUGAAGGGAGCGCACGGUGGACCAUUCCGACGGGUCGCGCUCAGUGGCGUCUUGGCUGUUACGCCCAGACCGAACAAGCAAGCUCCCACCAUGCAAACUACACGCGUUAUAAGACAUAUUCCUCCGAACGAUAUCCAGACGUUCCAACAGGACGAAAAAGCUCAGCGAAAACUACUGUUCAAAAAGAAAAGCACAUCUUCCACGUGUGCCUUUGUACCACUGUUAUUGCAGAGCUUGUUGGAGACGGAAGGUUUAGAUCCGGAGCAUUGUCGCAUAAGCCAAAGUCCGAUUUACAGCGCUAACUUACGGCGAAAGGGAGCUCCAACACGCCCUACCUUGACACCGAGACAUAGCGAAAGGGCUCUACUUUCGGACUCGACUUCAAGUUCCGAGCGGAACUCGGUCGGAAGACUGAGCGGUAUUGUUCGCUGGUUCCGGGGAGGUUCGAAAGAUCGCGAAUCUAUUGAUUUGGAGAGCCAAUCCGGAGUCAUGGGAAGCUCGGAGAUUGCAAAUACCUUUAUGCGGAAAGGAUCGUUGAGUUUCCACGCCCGUACUCGUGCUACAGAGGGCAUAGGACGUUCCAUUCAGAGGGCUCGAAGACGCGUCGAGCGGCGCCUAGGAAGGUUUGGCAUUGGCAAAGGAAAGAAGAAAAUGGACGGCAAAGAGGAUGUCUCUGGAAGUUACUUCAGCCGCCGCAGUUCCUUCGACACGGCUGAAGGGCCACGCGAGUCGGAAGUGGUCGUCCUGAAGGAACGACGCCUAAUUCCGAUCACUCCCUUGCGCGAAGGAAUGGCUCGCUUUUCUUUCCUGCUGGAAACCUGUGCUCCCGGCUCCAUACCGGAUCCCCCGUUGAUCGCGGCGUUGCUCGAUCUCCCGCAAGCUCCGAUCGUGGCACGUGCCGCACUGCUGAUCGAGUGUGCCCAUUUUGUGCACCUGUGCAAUCGGGGUCAAUGGCCAAGCUGGAUGAAGCAGAAUAUUCCGGCGUUCAGGCCGUCCGGUCCGGCGAUGGGAAAUCGAACCUCAAUGGCUGCCGGGGCCCGGCGUAUACAUAUUCUGCAGCGCGCUGCAGGAAAGAUGUUUCAUCAGUGGGGUGAAGCACUGGGAUUUCGAUUGGAUGAUUUGCUAAGUACUGAGCGGAAGAACUACGAUCAAUUCACCUCGAAUUUGACCGAUCCAGAGAGACAGAAACAAUUGUUGCAGCAAGACGAGGAGGAAGAUUUUCUAGACGAGAUGAGUGUAAACGCCAGAGGGAACGAUUGUCCGCCAGCACUGAAACUAGUGGCAUGCAUUUUGCUCUUGGAGAUUACAAGCUUCCUGAGGGAGACAUACCAAACAUUACCCAAAGCUUCCAGGUUAUCAACUAAGGAAAAACAAGGACCUUGGGAUAAGGUUUGCCGCGAAACAAACCGCCGCUGGUCAAUGGCUCUAAGUUCGAUGGGACACUCACAAACCUCGGCGCAAAGUUUACAAUCGAUCGCCGGGCAAACUGAGCGCAAAAUAUCAUUCGUUCUCCAAGAGCCAGAUAACGAGUCUGAGGGUAGUAGCAACACCACCCUAACCAUCCAAGGCGAAGAAAUUGUGCAGCCCCCAAAGCGUUCCAUCACCACAACGAGAAACUUCCUUUUGAGACGUGGAACAACCACAACCCCCGCCGGUGGUUCCUUCAAGCGAAGAUCGCUAAAAUUAAGACGUGGAGCUAAGGAUCUUAAGGACAAUGAUGAUUAUCCCGUCCGGCGAACCGAUUCCAUUCAAUCCCGACGGAAGGUGUCCUCACUGUCCGAUCGCAGCGACAACUCGGAACCGGGUCAAGUGAGUGGCGGCGAAGAGUCUCCCGGAAUACUGAGCGAUGAUCAUGAUCAGCCGCCGGAAUCGCCGUGCGACUCGAACGAGUCGGACGAAACGGCGAAGAAUCUGCCCUGGUUGAGAUCAGUUACGGCGCUGUUGAACUCGUUCAAUUUCUACUGCGACCAUCAGAACUUUUGCCACCCGUACUGCUACCGGAGGCAUAUGCGAGCUGCUAGCAGGCUUGUUAAAGCGGUUCGGAAGGUUUACGGUGAAGAAUUUGGUCUAGUUCCAAUGGCCUUUACCAACGUGACCGAAGCAGGCAAAAACAGCACUAGACGGGACCGCACAAAGCACGGCAGAAAGGUGUCCGAAGGCUCGUCGCAAACUUCGCCAUCGAGACGAAAGGAUAGCAUCCCGAAACGGGACAGGAUCAUCCAAGAUGACUCGGAACCGAACACAUCGCAGUAUUCGCAGCGCCCAGAGGACAACAAGAAAACACAAGAAUCUCCGCUAGUUCUUAAAUACAUUAAAAACCACGUGCGUGAUUUGUUCCACGUGCCACUCUCAACGCUAGUCAAGGGAGCCUCUGUUCUAACGGAAGAACAAUUCGUGGAGGUCACACCGGUGGCUUGGGAGCUACUGCUUGAAUCCAACCAGGAAGUAUCAGCUGCGUCUUCGGCACUCUUCAUUCUGGCGUCCGUCAAAGCUCCAACCACAGCCUCGGAACUGAUGCAGCGUGCAAUGAAGAAUAAAGAUCCGAACAUCCGAAUCGGAGCCAUGCUACGCUAUCAGGUGCUGUGGAAGAAUCGCUUCCAGGUGUGGCCACGCAUGGAGGAAGGCGCUCACCUGAGCUUCAAAAUCCCACCUCCAGGAAUAGAGUUCACGCUGCCGUCGCCGAAAAUCGGAAUCGAGAGCCUUCCGGUGGUCGACCCACCCUGGUGCCCGCGACAGCAAAACAAGGACAUGGAAGUGACAUUAAACCAAGAACGACAUCGCUCGCUGGUGACGGCCACGAAGACCCGCAAAAAGCAGCAAACGGAAGCAAUUCGUCACGCCAUUCAAGAACGGAUGGACAAGCAACGCUCCGAGCGGCAGUCAUUUCUCAUUACCACCAUCCCAAUAACACAGCUGGCCGCAUACGAGCCAGGCCUCGAUCACAGCCCUGGCGAGAAUAUUGACUUAGAAGAGGAAGAGGAUGGUGCCCGGGCCCACGGAGCCAUUCAUGCCGCCCAUUCUGUCUUCCCUUCCUGUCUUUGUUCCUCGGUAAUGCAAAUUGUGGCCUGUCUCGAUGAUGCCGCUGUCAACUCGGACGGAUGUGCCGUCUACGAGACCGCUUACCAGGUCAUUUGGGUUUGUUUGGUGGAGGACUCCGCUCUCUUUCUACGAUACGUGCUGGAACGACUUACCCGGGAUCAUCAGCAGCAAAUGUUUAAACUGCUCAGACACUUGAUUCGAUUUGUUCCAAGACUUCCACAACAGGCUGCCUUCGCUUGUUAUAAUUACAUCAUUGGAUACGUUAUGUUCUACGUGAGAUCAACGCACGAAUGUAGUCAACAGCUGGUCGGAUCGGCCCUUUCAGUUCUUUGGAUGGUGGUCCACAGCGUACACGGAAUCAUGUUUAAGGAUCUGAAGCAAAUCCUACGCAAGGAACAGUGCGAUGCAUCCAUCUUGCUCACGGCAAACGUUCCGUCUGCGAAGAAAAUUAUCGUACACGGCCCUGAAGACGAAGGUGGAAUUCCGUCGCAAUUUCCGGUUCAGGAAGACACACAAUUUACACAACUGUUGACAGAGUCGCUGGAUUUCUUCGGAAUCGACGAGAAAAAAUUUAACCAGUACGUUCUGGUGGACUACAAAACUCAGCAAAUUCUGAACCCCAAUUGGUACGUGCGCGAUCUGUACUUCUUCAAACGCUCCCAGUAUCCGCAGCUCCGUCUCGUUGAGAUGAAACCGGAAGAAGCUUUCAACGCACUGCAGAAACAAGAACUGUACAAAAAGUUUGUGGAGAUUGGUAAGGUCCACCUUACCUGGGCCAUCUUGAAAAAUGUGGAUAUGGUGGUGCAACGAGUUGUGUUUUUGCACGAAGAGCUGAUGAAGCUACCAUCUUUUCCGCGAAAGGCUCUGGAGGUGGAUCUGGAUUUGCACCAGGGUGGUGAAUUUGGCAAGGAAUUACUCGGGUUAGACGUUUUGCACAAGUUCAUGUGGGUUCGUCUUAUUGCCAGAAUGUUCGAGGCGAUGGCUGGCAACUUUGCGUACUCUGCAGAUAUUCAGUUAUUUUUGAACGUUUUAUCGGGCGCUGCUUUGCUUCACUCAGAGGACUCCUGUAUCCUGCGCUACGUUACGGCAACGUUUAUCAACGCGGCGUUCAACUUUAAGAACAUCUUCUCCACCAAUGGAUAUUUCAUGAUUAUGCCAACAUUGUUACAAGUGUAUUCCCUGCACCAGACUAACAAACUCGUCACCACUACGAUCGAGUACGCAGUUAAGCAGUUUUACCUGCUCAACAGAAAACCGUUCAUUUUGCAAAUGUUUGGAUCUGUGUCGGCCAUUUUAGAUACAGAUGAGGAUGGUGCAUACGGCGAAGCACACAAGGUGCAGUCUAGUUGCUUGUUCAACCUGUUGCUCAGUUUGGAAACGCCCUCUCCAGAUCCAUUGAAUAUCGCGGAACUGGUCAAGGAACCCAAACCACUUAAAGCUAUCGAUUUUUGCUACCACGAUGAAGACGAAAUGGUUACAGUGCUUGACUGCAUCACUUUGUGCGUUAUGACGUCAUCCUACUCAGCGGAAAGCACAAGGGGUUACCAGAUGCUGAUCAUUCUGGAAGCCAUCCUACCUUGUUACAUGAAACAGAUGCAAUCGCCAAGUUACGUUCCCCUGGAGGGAAAAAGUGAACGAGAUAUUAUACUACAGCUGGCCGUAGCCAUUAGAACCAUGGUUCAUAACUGCGAAGGAUUGUCCAAGAGCUACAACGGUCCCUAUCGCAACAGUCCCGAGCACAAGGGUUCAAGCCAACGGAACUGUUCCCGUGGGCCGCCCUGCUCACCCGGGCUAGACUUUGACGAGGAAUCUCACUCCAAGUACGUUAGCGACGUCGGUCGCACCAAGAUUCUGAACGAAUCUGUCGAAGAUUCCGAAACCAUCCGAGCCGAGUAUCGCCGUGCCCGAGACGUGCUACUCUCCCUGGUCGGAGAGUUCAUAACGAUGGCCUCUACCCGUUUGAACGAACUUGCCCGAAAGCAGGGAGAUAACAAACCGGUGGAUCUGCUAGACGUCAAGUGUCACGUUCGGCUGGCGGAAAUUGCGCACUCCCUGCUGAAGGUGUCUCCGUACGAUCCCGAGUCGAUGGCAUGCAGGGGUUUGCAGCGAUACAUGCAGUGUAUCUUCCCGAGGGCUGAAUGGGCUGACGAUCACGGUAUGAAGCCCACGCUGGUAACGAUCUUACGCAGGCUAGAUAAGGUGUUUUUGAAGAUCUCCAAGAAGACGUCCAUAAGGCGAAAUACGGAUUGGGAAGCCGCGGCAGGUUUGUUGAAGGGGGUGCACGAAUCGAUUGUCCGCUACCCACACGUGCUUCAUUGGCGUGAAAUGAAGUCUCUGCUGACAACCGUCCAGAAUCUAAUCGUCAACGAGCCCGGAAAUUUUCCGGAGGGAGUAUCCAGUGCUGGGGCUGCCCUUAUGUCCAAGAGUCCGCCUCCGUUCUUCUGUUCGCAAGUCGUACGAUUAGUGUCGCUGCAAGUGGUCAGUCCGGUGGAUUCUCUUUCACUCGGUUUGGAACAGAUAUGCGGAGGUAGCACCGAAUUUCCGACCCAGGAAAAAGCCGAGAGCUUCCUCAUGCAUCUGAUCAUGCCAUUGUGUUUGAAGGUCUGCAGUGGCCGCAACAUCUCGGAAAUCGGCGAGCUAAAGCAAUCCGAUGUCUCGUUUCUGGUAACGGCUAUUUUGAACGCGAUGAGUCCGGUCGCAGGAAGAACGGCUCAAUCGGGUAUGCAGGGUAACCGCACCGUCGGAGACAUUCGAGCCGGAUCACUUACAUUCACCGGUAGCCGGGAUGCAAAGCGCCCUGCAAAGAUCUCCACCUCACUUUACCAGGCCACGUUUUUGGCGCUGAAAGUGUUGUGCAUUUGCUUCGAAUCGAGGCUCUCCAACGAGUGGCCACGAAUUGUACGCGUUAUGCGAGACUUGGGCAGACGUAACGAGGCUGCUCCAGAGUUGUGGAAUUUUUUGGAAUUUGUGGUCACUCAGCGGACGCCCCUUUACAUUGUGUUGAUGCCGUUCAUUUUGCACAAGAUAUCGCAACCGCCAAUCGGCGAUCAUGAACGACACAUGCAAUUUUUAAUUCGAGAACGCAUGAGAGGAAUGCCACCACCAGGGGGAGUUAAAUCAAGAGGAGCUAUCUUGUUGGAGCUAGCGCGGGAAAUUAGAGAUUUACGGGAGGAACUCGAGGAAAAACGUUACGAUCGGGAUCCUCCGCCCCCGGAACCACCUCGCCGGGAGGUGUCAAAUGUGCCACUGGCGUCGGAUCCCCCUUCAAAGCAUACUCAGCGACCGUCGCUGAUUUCUAUGUUCACUGGGGGACCACAGGUUCCAAGUUUUUCGUCAUACCAGCAGGACUCGCGCAGUGGAACCGGCGUUUGUACACCAAGUGACACAUUGUCCCAGCACACGUUGCACGCUCCUCGGGGAGAAUCUCUGUCCAGUUCAACAACCACGACGAACAAGGAUGGCCUCGGGGCGGACACUCAAAGCGGCGACGGAAUAACUCUUACCCCGGGAAUAGUUCCGGAGGGUUGCAUUAUCAACAAGGGUCCCCUCUCUGGUAUAGCGCCCCAUUUGACCCACUCAAUGUCGAUGCAACCUUCGAGCAAAGUGCAACCUCCCAAGUUACGAUUCGUGUCCUCGGUCGAGUUCAAAACAUCUUCGGGAGAAACUUCGACAACGCCGCUUUCGCCGGACAGCCUAGCGGACGAUAGUUCCGGAGAAAAUCCAAAACAUCGCCUCCAGCGAUCGCGCGCCCAGAGUCGCAAGACUUUCCGAUGCCGCCGUGGUGCAACCAGAUCGAACAACAACCAGGGCAUGGAAGCGCAAAAUCAGCCGCCCUCAAUAUCAUCCAUCGUCAGCAGUGGCGGUGCUGGCGGCAUUUCCGCUCUUCCGCCAAGCGUGGCUCCGAUCGAACCACUGGAACUGAUCAACAAGAAUAUCGCCGCAGUUGGUGACCUUUCCUGGGACUCGGUGUCCCAAACAUCGUCCACAUCGGGCUAUCGAGACAACUACAGUCUCCAGACAGGGCUGCUCUCGCCGGAUGGUUCCUUUACAGGAACUGCCCUCGGCGGCCGCUCGUCGUCGCAACACUCGUUGCUCAUGUUGUUCGAGACGCAGGACGAGGAUACACUAAUCUAGAGCGUUUUAUACACACAUAUUUACAGUUGGAUGUCUGUUUUAACCAAUUACCGAUUUUAAACUGCAAGUUUUAAUCACCCGAUUGCAUGCAAAACGUAGCUAGUUGUUACUGUGUCAAAAUAUGAAAAAGAAAAGUAAACUUUAGGUGGAAAUAUUUAGAGGUAGCACCAAAUGCAACUAUCAAACAAUAAAAAAGCGUAAACAGUUUAGAGUGUUGUUAAAGGCUUUCCAUGUGUGAUAUUUAAGUUAACAAAAGGGUAGACAAUGUUUUAAAACCAAACGAGUAUUGUUUUUAAAAGUGUUAAAACAGGUACAAUUUUUUAAACUGGAAUAAAUUUUUGCGAGUAGGUGAGGAAGUUGGUCCAUACAAUCUUAUGACGCACAAGUAUUGUGAACAGAGAGACAAAAAAAUCACAAGUAAAUAAACCAAGCAGUAUUCGAGAGUACAGAAACCCUGCAGGAAGAUAACAAUGGUUGCCAAAAUAUUUGCAAUAAGCAAAACCAAUACGAAAUAACCAAGUCUUAUUUAUAUUACUACAAACGAGACAUAAAUCCCACGACGAAAAUUAAUCCCACUGGAACAGAUGUUUUACGAAAUUGUUUUAUAUUUUACACUGAAAAACGUUGUUUUGAUGAAUGAUUAGAAAACAGUAGUAGAAGCCCAACGUUUAUAUGAAGCAUAUAUUUAGAAAGUGAAAUAUAUAGUUAACUGUUAAACAAUGUUGUGAGAAUUAUUUUGUCGUUUUUAGUGGACUUUAGAAUGCAGUGGAAAAAACCCAGGUGGUAUUUUAUAGAUAAGCAGUUUAUUUUUAACGCAAUUUAAAAAGGAAGAAAACAUGCGACUACUGCACGCGUACACAGAUAUAGGACACACUUACACACAAACACACUUGAAUGUUAACAUGCCAAAUCUAUUUUAAUCAAACACUUUAAUAUGUAACUUAACGAAUGUAUCGAAUGUUUACAGAGAAAGUGAAAAGAACACAUGCCAAAGUAGGAAUGAAAUCAUCGAAAAUAUGCCGGUCACUGAUAAUCAAGUAUUUGAAUGUUGCAUAGUUAUAGCGAAAAGUGUAGUAAAAGUAAUAGCAUAGCAAGGUUUUAUGUUUGAAAUGAUGAAAAGAAAUCUUAAGAAUUGCAAAUUUGUUCAAUAGUUCCAAUAAGAACUUUGUGAAUGAGCCAGGAGAUCACAAAGUAGGCCCGUCCCGGCUGAUGGUGUCGGUAAAGUAGAACGAUGGAAAAUGCUCGGAAAUAUUUAAAAAUAGAAUCAUAACACGCGC